GUAAUCAAAUCAGCACGAGUGAUGAAGAAAGCAGUGGCAUAUUUGAUCCCAUUUAUGGAUAAGGAACGGGAGGAGAAUAUCAAGAAAUUGGGACUUGCCGAUGAACAGCGAUUUAGUUUGUUCCAAAUUCUAGACUUUAUUGGAUGUUCGGGUCUUAUUACGCCAUCGCUAGACGAAAUGGUUCAUGUAGCCAAGGAGAUGCAGCGUAAUGGCCUCACCAUACCAUUACUGAUUGGUGGCGCAACGACGUCGAAAACGCAUACAGCUGUGAAGAUCGCUCCGCGUUAUGGUAAUCCAGUUAUCCACUGUUUGGACGCUAGUAAAUCUGUAGUUGUGGUUCGUAGGGAACAUUAUGAUUCUUUAAAGGAUCGCCGUUUUACUACUAUUGACGCAGCAAGGCUUAAGAAGGUGCACGUCGAUUUCGUCAAGUUUCCGCCAGUUCGACCGUCAUACCUCGGUCGUCGAGAGUUCAGAGAUUUCGACCUGCCUGUAUUGUUGCCAUACAUAGAUUGGAAGCCAUUUUUCGACGUAUGGCAGUUGCGUGGAAAAUAUCCAAAUCGAGCGUAUCCAAAGAUCUUCAACGACGAUGAAGUCGGUGAAGAGGCGAAGCGGGUCUAUAAUGAUGCGCAGAACUGGUUGGGGAAAAUUAUUGCCGAGAAAAAGCUCAAAGCGAACGCCGUUGUUGGUUUCUAUGAGGUCUGUUCUGAUGGAGAUGAUAUCCACGUGAGUUUUUCUUUGCCAUUGAAUCAUUUUAUAGAUAUAAUUCUGAUCAAGUCAGUGUUUUCUUCCUAA